AUGAUUGCAUGCUUUUCCACGCAGCUACUCCACUGGCAACGAGGCUCGGAAGAAAAAGUAUUGCGCAUAGCCGUCAGCCAUCACACCGAGGCACUGGCGUUGGUCAGAGAGCGUCUAAGCCUCGAACAGAAACAAAAGCCCGCCACUCAAGACUAUCUCUGGGCUAUCCUCAUGUUUGUGUGCUGGGCCCAUCUCCACGAUGACGUCGAGACUUGGAAGAUGCACAUGUCUGCCAUCCACACCAUCAUUUCGUCUUCUAAUUGCAAAUUCGCACAAGAGGAUUCCACCUUUUAUCGCUUGUUCCAAUGGUCCGAUAUUAUAGGGUCGUAUGCGUUCGGCCUACCGUCAUACCUUUCAACACCAUCAGCGGGUCUUCUACCAAAUGUAUCAAAAACAACUCUUCAGUGGCCACUAAAGCGACUCAUUGACUCUCUGGAACCACAAAACCGCUUGCCAUGGACCCAUACUUUCCAAGCGCUACAGGACCUGAAUGAACAGUUGGAAAAGUUAUACAUCGAGCAUGGAGCCUCCGCGCUAGAGGAUCCCUUGAAAAUGGAUGCCCUAUCAUACCCAGUGAUAGUUAGACUCCUACGGACUAGAUUGCUAGAGUGCGACGGUGGUGAAGAUACUAAUGGCUACUCGGGCGCCUUUACUGGCCUACGGGCUGGCGCACUACUCUACAUGGCCGACAUGCGACGGAGGUCUGGGGUCGUGCCGGUCCGAACGACAUACCAGAUCAAUGUCUUGAUCAAUUCAAUCAAAGCCAUUGAGAAUAAUCCUGAUCUGAGCCCUUUUUCCACUCUCGCAUUCAGUUUCUUGCGUCAGAACUCGACAUACAGGAUGAAACAGUCUAUCAACAAAAACUGGGACAAGUCAUUCUUCUAG